AUGGAAGCUUCUCACUCUCCAGAGCAAUCCACUGUCACUUCAUAUGCUGCCACAUCUGUGGCUGUUGUCACCCUUGAGGCGUUUGCUGGCAUGUGGAUAAAUGCUUUCAUUGUUUCUGUGAUUUGUGUGGCCUGGGUCAGAAAGAAAACCUUGAACUCUAAUGAGAAGAUCUUGAUGGCUUUGGGUUGCUCCCGGUUUUGGUUUUUGUGCAUUGCAUGGGUAUAUUUCUUUCUCUCACUAAUUUACGCCAAUUAUCUUCAUGUUCAUCCCAUAUUUGAACUAGCUGAGAGUGCUCCGAGCUUUCUAAAUUAUUCCAACUUUUGGGUUUCAGCCUGUCUUUGUGUCUUUUAUUGCAUAAAAAUUGCCAAUUUCAGAAACAGCUUCUUCAUCUACCUGAAAGUCAAAAUUGACAGGAUUGUGCCCUGCCUCUUGUUGGGGUCUGUGCUUUUCUCCCUGGUUGUCGGAACCAUUCUCUACGAUGCCAUUGAUAAAAUUUUCUGUAAGAACCUCAAUUUCACCUGCCAAGGAAGGAUCUGGAAAGCAAGUAUCAGCACAGAAGAACAUUUUUUCCGCCAUUAUUUUAUCAUUGGUUUUGGAUAUGCCACUUCCUUCACAGCAGUCAUCUUUUCUGCCCUUCUCCUUCUCUUUUCCCUCUGGAGACACAAACGCAACAUGCAGAAGGACCUCAGCAUGGAUGCCCACAUCAAAGUCAUGAAAUCCAUUUACUCCUUUUUCAUAAUGUUCAGCAUCAACUUUAUAUGUUUGAUCUUGACACUGAUUUAUGCAAUGAAGAGCCAAACUCUCAUGGUGUUCCUUUUUUACAUAUUUCAGCACGCUUUUCCAGGUUUUCAUUCCCUUAUUGUGAUUUUCAGCAAUCCCAAUCUGGAAAAAACACUGCUAAAGAUUCUAUCCUGUUUCAAAUGCAAGUUUUGCAUGAAGUAG